AGUCACAUUGGAGAAUCGCAGCGAGCGGAGGAAAUUCGUUUCUAAGUCGCGUUCUCCUCGUGUCGCCGUCGGAAUUCGAGAUACAAAAAUACGGCCAUAAUAUUUAUUAAUAUAAUAAAAUAUAUACGAAAGAUAGUGCAAAAUAUUUCCCAAGUGCAGUGCAGACAAAAAGUUGAAGAAAUAAUAAAUCAUUAAAGCCCCUGAAAAUCUUCGAUCGCCGCGUUUUUAUUUUUGUUUUCGUCACCGUUUUUUGACGCCGUCGCUGCUGCUUUUCGCCGCGUGUGAGAAAAGUUUGGUGAUAAGUUUUGAUGUCCAAUAAUAUUUCAAUUGCCUAGAAUUAUCACAAAAAGCAAGAGUGUGUUUCAAAAAGGCAGUCAAGAAAAUUCAACAGCGAAUACACAAACAAAACACAGCAGCAGCACAACAAAUACACAGAGUAAAAGGCGAAAAGAAAUAUUGUUCAACAAGUCAAACGAGUUCUUUUUGGCUCGCUUCGGCCGUGUGGCUAAAGAUACAACAACAUUGUGUUUGUGGCAGCGGGUUUUCGACUUGUUGUUUUUGUUGCUGCCGUUUGCGCCUUUGGUGAAAAAUAUUGGCAACAGCCGUAGCAUUUCAGCGGCUUAAAAACAGCAGCACCACAGCAAAGAAGAGGCCACAAAAUAUGUGCCAUGGCCAUGCUGGAAGGAGGUAAUCUCAGUCAAGGACGUUCUUAGCUCCUUUUAGCGUUCUCCAAAAAAUUCACCGAAAGUGAAAUGGAUUCGGUAGUAACGACGAGGACAACCACGGGGAGCCAACAGCCGAAGGACUUCACAAUGUUCCAUCGAUGCCGGAGACGUUUCAACAUCAAAUCGAUAUCUUCGCCACCCGCCCUACAUCCCUCGCACAUGCUGAGCAGAAGCUUGCUGUGGCUUCUAGUGAUCUUACUCUUGGGACCUUGCCAAGCUGCCUCCAAUGAUAAGGAGAGGGAGCGGAAGCUGGAGGUCUUCGAAGGCGUUUCGGUGGAUUAUCAGAUCGGUUAUAUAGGAGACUUCGAUGGAAUCGACGGUGGUCCGCCAUAUAUCAUCGUGGCAGAGGCGGGAGUGGAAACGGAUCUGGCUAUAGAUCGGGCCACAGGGGAGAUCCGUACCAAAGUGAAAUUGGACAGAGAAACUCGAGCUUCAUAUAGUCUGGUGGCCAUUCCCCUAAGCGGACGUAACAUUCGAGUGGUGGUCACGGUCAAAGAUGAGAAUGAUAAUGCACCCACGUUUCCACAACCCUCGAUGCACAUUGAAUUUCCGGAGAAUACGCCCAGGGAGGUUAAGAGAACUUUGCUACCAGCUAGGGAUCUGGACCUGGAGCCCUAUAACACCCAGAGAUAUAAUAUCGUAUCUGGAAAUGUAAAUGACGCCUUUAGGCUAUCAUCUCACAGGGAAAGAGACGGUGUCCUGUACUUGGACCUGCAGAUCAGUGGUUUUUUGGAUAGGGAAACCACACCUGGUUAUAGCCUUCUCAUUGAAGCACUAGAUGGUGGAAGUCCCCCUUUGCGGGGAUUCAUGACUGUCAAUAUAACCAUUCAAGAUGUGAAUGACAAUCAACCGAUCUUCAAUCAAAGCAGAUACUUUGCCACGGUUCCAGAAAAUGCCACUGUGGGUACGAGUGUCCUUCAGGUUUAUGCAUCUGACACGGAUGCCGAUGAGAAUGGAUUGGUGGAGUAUGCGAUCAAUAGAAGACAGAGCGAUAAGGAGCAAAUGUUUCGCAUAGAUCCCAGAACAGGAGCUAUUUACAUCAACAAAGCUUUGGAUUUUGAAACUAAAGAGCUGCAUGAACUUGUGGUGGUGGCCAAAGAUCACGGCGAACAGCCUCUGGAGACGACAGCCUUUGUUUCCAUAAGAGUCACUGAUGUGAAUGACAACCAACCUACUAUAAACGUGAUUUUUCUAAGUGAUGAUGCAUCCCCUAAGAUAUCGGAGUCUGCUCAACCGGGCGAGUUCGUAGCCAGGAUUUCGGUGCAUGAUCCCGAUUCGAAAACGGAGUAUGCUAAUGUCAAUGUGACUCUAAAUGGCGGAGAUGGGCACUUUGCCCUGACCACCAGGGACAACAGUAUUUAUUUGGUGAUAGUCAAUCUACCGCUGGAUAGGGAGAUGGUUUCCAACUAUACAGUCAGUGUUGUAGCCACCGACAAGGGAACGCCGCCUUUGCACGCCUCCAAGUCAAUUUUCCUGAGAAUUACCGAUGUUAAUGAUAAUCCACCGGAGUUCGAGCAGGAUCUUUAUCACGCUAAUGUGAUGGAAGUGGCCGAUCCGGGUACUUCGGUUCUCCAAGUUCUGGCCCACGAUCGAGAUGAAGGUCUGAACUCGGCUUUGAGUUACUCCCUGGCCGAGACACCUGAGACCCAUGCCCAGUGGUUUCAGAUUGACCCACAAACGGGCCUGAUCACCACCCGAUCGCAUAUCGAUUGCGAAACGGAACCGGUGCCGCAGCUAACGGUUAUCGCCAGGGACAGCGGAGUACCGCCCCUUUCCUCAUCCGCCACCGUGUUGGUAACGAUCCACGAUGUAAAUGACAACGAACCGAUCUUCGACCAGAGCUUCUACAAUGUUUCUGUCGCUGAAAACGAACCCGUGGGCAGGUGCAUUCUUAAGGUUUCUGCCAGCGAUCCGGAUUGUGGAGUAAACGCCAUGGUAAACUACACCCUAGGUGAAGGUUUCAAGCACCUCACCGAGUUUGAAGUACGCUCCGCCUCUGGGGAGAUUUGCAUAGCCGGUAAACUUGACUUCGAGCGGAGAAGCAGCUACGAAUUUCCCGUCUUGGCUACCGAUCGAGGGGGCUUAAGCACCACCGCCAUGAUCAAAAUGCAACUGACGGAUGUGAACGACAACCGUCCGGUUUUCUAUCCCAGAGAAUACAAUGUGUCGUUAAGGGAAUCCUCAAAUGCCCCAUCUCAAGCCUCGAGUGCCCCAAUUGUCGCUGUGGUGGCCACAGAUCCGGAUUCGGGCAUCUUUGGCCAGGUUUCGUACAGGAUUGUGGCCGGAAAUGAGGCGGGAAUCUUCCGGAUCGAUCGAUCCUCUGGUGAGAUUUUCGUGGCUCGCCCCGAUAUGCUGUCCGUUCGAACUCAACCCAUGCACAUGCUGAAUAUUUCGGCCACUGACGGCGGUAAUUUAAGUAGCAAUGCCGAUGCAGUUGUCUUUCUGAGCAUCAUCGAUGCCAUGCAGCGACCUCCGAUCUUCGAAAAGACCCGAUACAAUUACUAUGUCAAGGAGGACAUCCCGAAGGGCACGGUCGUGGGUUCGGUAAUAGCCACGAGUGGAGAUACAGCCCAGCGCAGUCCUGUGAGGUAUUCAAUUUACUCCGGUGAUCCCGAUGGCUAUUUCAGCAUAGAAGCCAGCUCUGGAAAUAUUCGUAUAGCUAAGCCCCUAGAUCAUGAGGCCAAAUCCCAGGUGCUACUGAACAUCCAAGCCACUUUGGGAGAACCUCCCGUUUAUGGGCACACUCAGGUUAACGUCGAAGUAGAAGAUGUGAAUGAUAAUGCUCCGGAAUUCGAGGCCAGUACGGUCAGGAUAUCAGUGCCGGAAAAUGCCGAAUUGGGAGCUCCACUUUAUGCUGCCCAUGCACAUGAUAAAGACUCGGGAAGCAGUGGACAAGUUACUUAUAGUCUGGUCAGAGAUUCGGGCAAAAGGCUUUUUGCCAUCGAUGCUAGAUCAGGUCAUUUGGUUUUAUCGAAACAUUUGGAUUACGAGACCUCGCAACGCCAUUCUCUAAUUGUUACCGCCACUGAUGGAGGAGUUCCGUCGCAUUCAACGAACUUAACCAUAUUGGUGGAUGUCCAGGAUGUCAACGAUAAUCCCCCAGUAUUCGAAAAAGAUGAAUAUUCUGUGAAUGUUUCCGAGUCGCGAUCCAUCAAUGCACAGAUUAUUCAGGUUAAUUCCAGCGAUCUCGACACGGGCAACAAUGCCAGGAUCACAUAUAGGAUUGUGGAUGCCGGAGUCGACAAUGUUACGAACUCCAUAAGCAGUUCGGACGUGGCGCAACAUUUUGGUAUAUUCCCCAAUUCCGGAUGGAUAUAUUUGCGGGCUCCUCUGGAUCGGGAGACCAGGGACCGCUAUCAACUGACAGUAUUGGCCACGGACAAUGGCACUCCCGCUGCUCAUGCCAAGACCCGGGUUGUGGUUCGAGUUCUUGACGCCAACGACAAUGAUCCCAAGUUCCAGAUGUCGAAAUACGAAUUCAGGAUUGAGGAGAACCUCAGGAGGGGCUCCGUUGUGGGAGUGGUAACUGCCGGCGAUCUGGAUCUGGGGGAGAAUGCGGCCAUAAGAUACAGCCUGCUACCGGCCAACUCCAGCUUCCAGGUGCAUCCCGUCACAGGUGAAAUUACAACCCGAGAACCGCUCGAUCGGGAGCUCCGCGAGCUCUACGACCUUGUGGUGGAGGCCCGUGACCAGGGCACCCCAGUGAGAAGUGCCCGCGUUCCAGUUCGCGUUCACGUUAGCGAUGUCAAUGAUAAUGCCCCAGAGAUCGCAGAUCCGCAGGAGGAUGUGGUUAGCGUAAGGGAGGAGCAACCACCGGGAACCGAAGUGGUGCGGAUUCGAGCCAUCGAUCGAGAUCACGGGCAGAACGCCUCGAUCACCUAUUCGAUUGUCAAGGGUCGCGACUCCGAUGGACACGGUCUAUUUAGCAUCGAUCCAAGCAGCGGAGUGAUCCGAACUCGAGUGGUUUUGGAUCACGAGGAGAGAAGCAUCUAUCGAUUAGGUGUGGCCGCCUCUGAUGGCGGAAGUCCGCCCAGGGAAACGGUGCGGAUGCUUCGCGUCGAGGUCUUGGACCUAAAUGACAAUCGGCCAACAUUUACCAGCUCCAGCCUGGUCUUCAGGGUACGCGAGGAUGCCGUUGUGGGCCAUGUGGUCGGUUCCAUCAGUCCCAGCGAACGUCCGGCGGAUGUGAUCCGGAAUAGUGUGGAGGAGUCCUUCGAGGAGUUGCGCGUUACCUACACACUAAACCCUCUAACCAAGGACCUGAUUGAGGCCGCCUUCGAUAUCGAUCGUCACUCGGGAAACCUCGUGGUGGCUCGCCUCUUGGACAGAGAAGUUCAAUCUGAAUUUAGGUUGGAAAUCAGAGCUUUAGACACCACAGCCAGCAAUAAUCCACAGAGCAGCGCCAUCACGGUGAAGAUUGAAGUGGCCGAUGUCAAUGAUAAUGCGCCCCAAUGGCCACAAGAUCCCAUUAAUCUUCAGGUGAGCGAGGCCACUCCCCUUGGCACAAUAAUCCACAACUUUACGGCAACGGAUGCGGAUACGGGAACCAAUGGAGAACUUCAGUAUCGCAUGCUGCGAUACUUUCCACAACUAAACGAAAGCCAGGAGCAGGCAAUGCCGAUUUUUAGCCUUGAUUCCCUGACAGGAUCCCUCAGUCUGCAGGCCCCCUUGGAUUUUGAGGCUGUGCAAGAGUACCUGCUCAUUGUCCAGGCAUUGGAUCAAUCUUCGAAUGUCCCAGAGCGACUACAGACAUCGGUGACAGUGAGAUUACGUAUUCUGGAUGCCAACGAUAAUGCCCCGCAGUUUGUUUCGCCGAAUACGAAUGGCGAAAAAACAGCCUCGCUUUUUAUAUCCGAUUCAACUAGAAUUGGGGAGAUUGUGGCAUAUAUUGUGGCUAUUGAUGAGGAUUCAGGCGAUAAUGGACGCCUCACCUACGAAAUUACGGGUGGAAAUGGAGAGGGUCGGUUCAGAAUCAAUCCACAAACGGGAGUUAUUGAGUUAAUAAAAUCCCUGCCUCCUGCCGCAGAGGAUGUUGAGAAAAAUGGACGGUUUAGCCUCAUCAUCAGUGCCAGAGAUCAUGGUCAGCCGGAGUCGAAAAGAAGCUUUUUAAAUCUGCAGCUUAUCGUUCAAGGUAGCCACAAUAAUCCACCCCGAUUUCAGCAGGCUGUUUAUCGAGCCACAAUAUUAGAGAAUGUUCCUAGUGGAAGUUUCGUCCUGCAGGUCACUGCUAAAUCACUCCACGGUCGAGAAAAUGCCAACCUGAGCUACGAAAUUGCUACUGGCGUGGCCAAUGAUCUUUUUCACGUAGACUGGCAAAGAGGAAUUAUUACCACCCGGGGUCAGUUUGAUCGCGAGACCCAGGACAGUUAUGUCCUCCCCGUUUACGUUAGGGAUGCCAACCGCCUGGCCACCGCGUCCUCUUCGGCGGUCAGAAAGCAGCGCUCCUCGGACAGCAAUAGCGAAACGCCAAAUGGACAGCACUUUGAUGUGGCCACUGUUUACAUAACUAUUGGAGACGUUAACGACAAUCCACCGGAAUUCCAACCUGGAUCGUGUUAUGGUCUAUCCGUUCCAGAGAACAGUGAACCGGGUGUUAUUCACACUGUGGUCGCCAGCGAUCUGGAUGAAGGUCCCAACUCGGAUCUUAUUUACAGCAUAACAGGCGGCAAUCAGGGCAACAAAUUCAGCAUCGAUGCCCGUUCUGGAGAGCUGACUGUACGAGCCUUGGACAGGGAGCAGCAAUCUAUGUACAUCCUGCAGCUUCAGGCCUCGGAUCGCGGACAACCGAAGAGUCUUCAGGGACACUGCAACAUCACUGUUUUUGUUGAGGAUCAGAACGAUAAUGCGCCCAAAUUCAAGCUAAGCAAAUAUAUUGCCAGCGUGCAGGAGGACGCACCGUUGGGCACAAGUGUGGUGCAAAUCAGUGCCUUGGAUGCAGAUUUGGGCGUGAAUGCCAGACUCGUUUACUCCCUGGCCAAUGAAACCCAAUGGCAGUUUGCCAUCGACAGCCAGAGCGGAUUAAUCACCACCGUUGGAAAACUGGAUCGUGAGCUGCAAGCGAGCUACAGCUUCAUGGUUUUGGCAACGGACGGAGGACGUUAUGCGGUUAGAUCAGCUGCGGUUCCGGUGCAGAUCAACGUGCUGGAUGUUAAUGACAACAGACCCGUAUUCGAGCGAUAUCCCUAUAUAGGGCAGGUCCCAGCUCUUAUUCAACCUGGUCAAACAUUGCUCAAGGUUCAAGCCCAUGAUGCCGAUUUUGGAGCGAACGGUGAGGUUAUGUAUUCCCUCAAGGCGGAAAACUCAGCAGUAAGUGGAAAGUUUCGAGUUAAUCCCACCACGGGAGCUUUGAGUGCCUCACAGAGUUUGGCCAGUGAGUCUGGAAAACUUCUGCAACUGGAGGUGAUUGCCCGGGAUAAGGGAAAUCCCCCUCAGUCCAGUCUGGGUCUCGUUGAAAUCUUAAUAGGUGAAGCGCCCCAAGGAACGCCUGUUCUCCGUUUCCAAAACGAAACAUAUAGAGUAAAAAUCAUGGAGAAUUCUCCAUCGGGCACAAAACUUCUCCAAGUUGUGGCACUCCGAAGCGAUGGUCGUCGCCAAAAGGUGCAAUUCUCGUUUGGUGCUGGUAAUGAGGACGGCAUUUUGUCCUUAGAUGCCCUGUCAGGGGACAUAAGGGUGAAUAAGCCCCACCUUCUUGAUUACGAUCGCUUUGUCACGCCCUCAAUGUCAGCCUUAAAUCGUGGAAGAUCUCUGCACUAUGAGGACGAAAUGGACGAAUCAUCGGAGGACCAUACGAGUAAUGUCACCCGAUCCCAAAGGGCCUUGACUUCCUCAUCCUUUGCCCUGACCAACAGCCAACCCAAUGAAAUACAUGUGGUGCUGGUAGCUCGCAGCACUGAUGCUCCAUUCCUUGCCACCUACUCAGAAUUGGUGAUCGAGCUGGAAGACGAGAACGACAACAGUCCGCAGUUUUCGCAAAAGCAAUUUGUGGCAGCCGUUGAAGAGGGAAAUAGCAAAGGAACCUUCGUGGCCCAGGUUCAGGCUUUCGAUUCGGAUGCGGGUUCCAACGCUCGACUGAGAUAUCAUAUCGUUGAUGGCAACCACGAUAAUGCAUUCGUCAUUGAACCGGCGUUUAGUGGCAUAGUGAAGACCAAUAUCGUGUUGGAUCGGGAGAUUCGCGACAUCUACAAGCUCAAGAUCAUCGCUACUGACGAGGGUGUCCCCCAGAUGACGGGCACUGCCACUAUCAGAGUCCAGAUAGUCGAUGUGAAUGAUAACCAGCCCACUUUUCCCCCAAACAAUCUCGUCACUGUUAGUGAAGCCACUGAACUUGGAGCUGUUAUAACCUCCAUUUCAGCCAACGAUGUGGACACUUAUCCCGCACUGACUUAUCGCCUUGGUAGCGAAUCAACCUUGGAAAUAGAGAACCUGUCCAUAUUUGCCUUAGAUCGAUAUAGCGGAAAGCUCGUCCUGAAACAUCGUUUGGACUAUGAACUGCAGCAGGAAUUUGAACUUGAGGUGAUUGCUUCAGAUGCAUCCCAUGAAGCUCGCACUAUCUUAACUAUUCGAGUGCAUGACGAAAACGAUAAUGCGCCGGUAUUCCUGGCCAAACAGCCCCCGGCUUACUUUGCCAUUAUGCCAGCUAAGGCUGAUAUCAGUGAUAGUCUUUCCACCGACUUAGAGCUCCUUACAGUUAAUGCCACUGACGCAGAUUCGGAGGGCAGCAACUCCCAGAUUAUUUACUCAAUUGAACCAGCCUUGGAAGGCUUCUCUGUACACCCAUCAAGUGGUGUUGUUUCGGUCAACAUGAGUAGAUUACAGCCUGCAGCUUCCUCCAGCGGGGAUUACUUCGUUAGAAUUGUAGCCAAGGAUGCAGGAAAACCAGUGAUGAAAGGUUCAACUCUUUUGAGAGUUCAGGCUAGUGACAAUGGCUCAGGACGUUCGCAAUUUCAGCAAAAUCAAUAUAGGGCCCAGAUCAGCGAGGCAGCUCCAUUGGGCUCAGUUGUUCUCCAACUGGGACAGGAUGUUCUCGAUCAAGCAUUUGUCAUUGUCUCUGGAAAUGAAGAAUCCAAUUUUGAAUUGCUACAGUCUAAAACAAUUGUUUUAGUUAAAUCUUUGGAUAGAGAACGCAAUGAUCUGUACAAGCUCCGAUUGGUUUUAAGCCAUCCACAUGGAUCUGCACCUUCUGCCAGCUCGAAUUCAACUUCUGGAAUCUCGGUUAUCAUUACAGUAUUGGAUGGCAACGAUAACUUCCCAAUUUUCGAUCGCAGUGCCAAAUACGAGGCUGAGAUAAGCGAAUUGGCUCCUUUGCGAUAUUCCAUAGCUCAACUACAGGCUAUUGAUGCUGAUCAGGAGAACACCCCGAACUCAGAAGUGGUGUACGACAUAACCUCCGGCAAUGAUGAGCACAUGUUUACAAUAGAUCUUGUUAGUGGUGUACUUUUUGUAAACAAUCAAUUGGAUUACGAUUCAGGGGCCAAAAGCUAUGAGCUUAUUAUCCGAGCUUGCGAUAGCCAUCAUACAAGACCUCUUUGCAGCUUGCAACCCUUUAGAUUGGAGCUCCACGAUGAAAACGACAACGAACCCAAGUUUCCGCUCUCCGAAUAUGUUCACUUCCUAGCCGAAAACGAACCCGUCGGCAGCUCUGUAUUCCGUGCUCACGCCAGUGAUCUGGAUAAGGGACCCUUUGGACAGCUGAACUAUAGCAUUGCGCCUGCUCCCAGCGACGAAAGCUCGUGGAAACUGUUCCGUGUGGAUCCUGAAACCGGUUUGGUAACAUCCGCUUCCGUGUUUGACUACGAGCAACGGCUGCGGUAUGAUCUGGAACUUCAAGCCUCCGAUAUGGGUGGCAAGAGGGCUAGAGUGGCUGUGCGAGUGGAGAUCGAGUCCAGGGAUGAGUUCACUCCACAGUUCACAGAGCGCACCUACAGAUUUGUGCUGCCGGCAGCGGUGGCUCUUCCACAAGGCUUCGUAGUGGGUCAAGUCACCGCAACCGAUGGUGACAGUGGUCCAGAUGGCAGAGUGGUUUACCAACUAAGUGCUCCACACUCGCACUUCAAGGUUAACCGCAGCAGUGGUGCUGUUCUUAUCAAAAGAAAGCUCAAACUGGAUGGCGACGGAGAUGGCAAUCUGUACAUGGAUGGUCGGGAUAUCAGCCUGGUUAUGUCAGCCUCUUCAGGACGCCACAACUCUUUGUCCAGCAUGGCAGUUAUCGAGAUUGCCUUGGAUCCUUUGGCCCAUCCAGGCACAAAUCUGGCCAGUGCUGGUGCCGCGUCGGGUGGCUCCAUGGGCGAUUGGGCAAUUGGUUUACUGGUGGCAUUUCUCCUAGUGCUUUGUGCUGCCGCCGGAAUCUUUCUGUUCAUGCACAUGCGAAGUCGGAAGCCACGGAAUGUGGUCAAGCCUCAUCUCAGCACGGAGACUGUCGGCGUGGGCAAUUCCAAUAGUUAUGUGGAUCCCAGUGCCUUUGACACAAUACCCAUCAGAGGAGGCAUUACAGGUGGUGCGGCGGGAGCAGCUUCAGGUCAAUUCGCCCCUCCUAAAUACGAUGAGAUUCCUCCCUUUGGACCUCAUGCUGGAAGUUCCGGCGCAGCCACAACCUCCGAGCUAUCUGGCUCUGAACAGUCCGGUUCCAGCGGCCGAGGAUCGGCGGAGGAUGAUGGAGAGGAUGAGGAGAUCCGUAUGAUAAACGAGGGACCACUGCAUCACCGAAAUGGAGGGGCUGGCGCAGGCAGUGAUGAUGGCAGGAUCUCGGAUAUCUCUGUUCAGGACACCCAGGAGUACUUGGCUCGUCUGGGCAUCGUAGACCACGAUCCCAGCGGUGGAGGUGGGGGAGCGUCCAGCAUGGCUGGUUCCAGUCAUCCGAUGCACAUGUUCCACGAUGAAGAUGCCACCACAAGAUCGGAUAUAACCAACCUGAUCUACGCCAAACUCAAUGAUGUGACAGGAGCGGGUUCGGAAAGAGGAAGCAGUGCAGAUGAAGCAGGAACUACGGCGGGCUCGAUAGGAACCAUCGGUACUGCCAUCACCCAUGGUCACGGUGUGAUGAGCAGUUAUGGAGAGGUUCCGGUUCCAGUGCCCGUAGUUGUUGGAGGUAGUAAUGUGGGUGGGUCCCUCAGUUCUAUAGUCCACAGCGAGGAGGAACUGACGGGCAGCUACAACUGGGAUUACCUCCUCGACUGGGGACCUCAAUAUCAGCCACUGGCGCAUGUGUUUUCCGAAAUAGCGAGACUAAAAGAUGAUACCAUAUCGGAGCACAGUGGACACAGUGGGGCUUCGUCAUCCGCCAAAAGCAAGCACUCCUCUUCUCACUCCUCAGCGGGAACGGGAAGUGUGGUGCUCAAACCGCCACCCUUAGCACCACCGACCCACAUACCACCCCCACUACUCACAAAUGUGGCGCCGAGGGCCAUCAACCUGCCGAUGAGACUGCCACCCCAUUUAAGCCUGGCCCCCGCCCAUUUGCCACGAUCGCCCAUUGGCCAUGAGGCGAGCGGCAGUUUCAGCACCUCUUCGGCGAUGUCACCAUCGUUCUCACCAUCUCUAUCGCCCUUGGCCACGAGAUCACCAUCCAUUUCGCCUCUGGGAGCGGGGCCACCCACGCACCUGCCACAUGUCUCACUGCCACGUCACGGCCACGCCCCUCAGCCCAGUCAGAGGGGAAAUGUGGGCACGAGGAUGUAAGCGAGGAUUGCAGCUGUACAUGCAUAUAGUAUUACUUGCAUCACCCCGACUCACCCAUACCCAAACACAUAAGUACAUAUCGAAACACUCACGCCCAUUAAAAAUUGCUGUACAUAUUACAUAAAUACUUUAAGUUAGGAUUGUAAUGCAAAAAUGCCUCACCGAGCGUGUAAAGAAAAUUAUUAGUACGUAGGUAUAUUGUAAAUCUCUGAAUCUAUACAAAUUAUGUUACUUCAAAAUGUCUGACAUGCGAUUUGGUUUAAAGGGUCCUGCGCAACGACGGAUAGUUCUAACGGAAAGCCAGUUAAAAAGUUUUCGCCAAAUUCAAAUAUAGUAUCUCUUCUGUUGUACAUUGGGGAACGGAUGUAUUGAAAUCGCAGUAACCACCACAAAGCCAACAAGACUCUCUGAAACUCACUUGCUUGCACACAAAGCCAAAAAGCGAGGAGCAGCAGGAGCCAGAACAGCCAUAAGUUGUAAGCAUUUAGAGCCUAGACUAGCAGCUGAACUUGAACCGAAUUCGCUCGAAUCUGUAUCUGUAGCCUAAGUAUCACAUAUAAGUAUCUGUAACUGUAGCUGUAUGUAGCGUUGGACUAACCUAAAACUAGUUUUAUAGGAGCAAUCCAAGUGCACUUAAGCAGCCGGCAAUCCCUGUUUAAGGGGGAUCAGGCUGCGAUUCACAUUUCCAAAACCAAUCCGCGGUGAGAAGGGGAAAAUUGUAAAAAGUUGUUUUAAGUAAUCAUCGGGGAGAAAGAAAGGAAACCCUUGUAUAAAACCGAAAUAAAAUGGGAACGUACCAACGGAGGAUCGACGAAUGGAGCGAAGGAGGAAUCUUUUUAAGUAUAGCCUAGUUACCAGUUAUUAUAUAGAUGUACAUGCCGAGCUAAAAAUCGUAGUGUAUGUUCACUUGUGUGUGAUGCUACUUGUGUAAUUUCUUACGUUCUAGCAAAAAGCUGUAAAAAUGUUCACCAAUCUAAGAAUCCUCUAGUUGCUAAGCCCAUAGUUUGUAAUAGCUAAACGAAAGCAAGAGAAUAAAUAUUUAAAAAAACAAAAUAAACCGA